GGUAAAAACAAACCCCGCGAGACCGGAAGUUGCGUGUCGCACCCCCGCCCCGGCCUCCCAGACCCGGUUGAGGCCGCGGCGGACUGCCCUUCCCCAAGAUGGCGUCGAAGGUGGGUUCGCGACGGUGGCUACUGCAGCUGCUCAUGCAGUUGGGCUCGGUGUUGCUCACACGCUGCCCCUUCUGGGGCUGCUUCAGCCAGCUCAUGCUGUACGCCGAGAGGGCCGAGGCGCGCCGGAAGCCCGACAUACCAGUGCCCUACCUGUACUUCGACAUGGGGGCGGCCGUGCUGUGCGCCAGCUUCAUGUCCUUCGGGGUGAAGCGGCGCUGGUUCGCGCUGGGGGCCGCCCUGCAGCUGGCCGUCAGCACCUACGCCGCCUACGUCGGGGGCUACGUCCACUACGGGGACUGGCUGAAGGUCCGUAUGUACUCACGCACAGUUGCCAUCAUUGGCGGAUUCCUUGUGCUGGCUAGCGGUGCUGGGGAGCUCUACCGUCGGAAACCCCGCAGCCGUUCCCUCCAGUCCACGGGCCAGGUCUUCCUGGGCAUCUACCUCAUCUGUGUGGCCUACUCACUGCAGCACAGCAAGGAGGACCGGCUGGCAUAUCUGAACCAUCUACCAGGAGGGGAGCUCAUGGUCCAGCUGUUCUUCCUGCUGUAUGGCAUCCUGGCCCUCGCCUUCCUGUCUGGCUACUACGUGACCCUGGCUGCCCAGAUCCUGGCUGUACUGCUGCCCCCGGUCAUGCUGCUCAUUGACGGCAAUGUUGCCUACUGGCACCACACACGGCGUGUGGAGUUCUGGAACCAGAUGAAGCUCCUUGGAGAGAGUGUGGGCAUCUUUGGGGCCGCUGUCAUCCUAGCCACUGAUGGCUGAGUUGCACUGGGAGAAGCUGAAAUGGGUGCAGGGAGCCGCUGAGGGUCACCCUACCUUUCUUGCUGGCCCGGUUAUGUUUAUUUAUGCUUUUUGGUCUGUUUGUUUGAUUCUUUGCUCUGUGUGUAUGUGGGUGUGUUGGUAAGAGACAGGUCUGUUCCCCAGUUCCUGGGCUCAGCCCUUGAUGGGGGAGCCCUCAUGAUGAUGCCUUACAGGGUUUUUCUCCAUUUGUUAGGAGGAGAGGUGAGGCCAGAGAAGAGAGUAAGGCAGCACUAGGGUAGGGGUACUGGGUGUGGGAGACAGGAAGGAAGACCUAAGAACUGGAAGAGAGCAAAAGUGAAAAAUUCCUUUUGAACUGGCAGAGGCAGCUAGGCUAUGCGAACCGCUGACAAGUGGAUCAGGCCCUGGAGGAGCAGAGGGGCUGGUCGAGCCACAGAAGUCACAUGGGUUCUCAGGAUGUGCCAGGGGCAGAAAUAACACUAGUUUGAGAGCAGAGCAGGCCACAGUCUCCUCGGGUGUGAAGGGGUGGGGUAGGCAGCGGCCAACUCCGCUUCCUGCCUUCUGUUUCCAGCUCCAUGGAUGGCCUGGUGGGGUGAGUGCCCUCCCAAACACCAGACCACACAGUCCUCCAAAAAUAAACAUUUUAUACAGACA